UUUUUUUUGUUUUUGUUUGUUUGGGGAGAGAGAGAAGAUAAUUCUAGAGAGAGAAAUUCGAAAAGCGGGAGCAAGAUUGCGGAUCGAACGUCUCCCCGCGCAUCGUCUGCUUUCCUGGUCUAGGGUUAAAUCAUCUUCAUCUUCACCUUCCCUCGCUUGUUGUUAUUCCCCGUCCCCGUCUUUCAAUCGGUUCUUGGAAGCCGGUUACGGAUUUAAAAGAUUUGACGGAGGCUUCGGUUUUAUCCGAUUUCGUACUUUACAGUUCCGUCUGAGCUGAUUGAUUGUUCUUUUUGAGCUAGAUCUUCGGAUUAGGGUUUUCUUUUCGGUGUAUUUUUCAUGUAUGGCUUGGGGGUCAUGUUCAGAUAAGUCCAGAGAGAAGCAUAGAUGGGGUGACGCUAGUAAGGUCUAUACAAGAAAAAAACUCAAGAAAGGGCAAGCCAUACUCACUCCCUCCGCCACCACUGGAGUUGUCACCGAUAAUGCCCCGCCCUCCGCCGUUGAAACCUCUUCCGACCGCCCCGUUGAAACCGCUUCCGUUGUUGAGCCGCCGACUGUUGUUAGCAACAUCGACACCCAAGAUGAGAUUGUUGGGGAGGAGGAAAAUGUGAACAACCAUGAACCUUAUCACGCUUCUCAAGAUGCAGAAGUCUCGGAGGAGGAGGACGAGGAGGAGGAUAAUAAUCGGCAGCAGCAGCAGCAACAAACUCCAUCACACGUGAAUGUUUGUUCGGCGAAUUCUUCCAGCCAUAAUCAAUCGCCUGAAGUUCAAGUUACAAAUGGAGGUCUUUCACCAUUCCAUCAUAGUAACGGUAAUGUUAAGCCACUUGUUUCAAGAGUUGAUAACAGAGUUAGGAUUAAUUUUGAAGCCAUGUCGGCUAAGGAUGAUGUUCGGGUGCUUAGGAACAAGCUGCUGGCUGAGCUCGAUCUGGUCAGGAGUCUGGCAAAGCGCGUCGAAGAGAGGGAGAUUGAGCUAACCGAGUUACCCGUUGCUGGCGUUUCUCUUGAUUAUGGUUCUCAGUAUCCUUCCGUUUCUUUUGGGAGUGGAAGAGCUCUACUUCGGGUAAACUCUGAAUCGCGAUCUGUUGUUCGUCCCGAUUCAAGGCCUUUUAGGCAUCUCAGUGUUUCGGUGAUGAAGAAUAGUCAUGUCAUUAACGAAUUUGUUGAAAAGGAGAAGCGAACUCCAAAGGCUAAUCAAUAUUACCACAAUUCAGAGUUUCUUCUUGGAAAAGAUAGAUUGCCGUCUGAAAGUAACAGGAAGUCCAAAUCCAGCGGAGGGAAGAAACAUGGUAGACAAAAGGGUUUUGGGUUUCCGUCUAUGGAUGGACAUACUAAUCAAGCAUUAAAGAGUUGUAAUAAUCUGUUGGCUAGAUUAUUGAAGCACAAGUAUGGUUGGGUUUUUGAGAAGCCUGUUGAUGCGAAGGCUCUUGGUCUUCACGAUUAUCAUGAUAUCAUCAAGCAUCCGAUGGACUUGGGUACAAUCAAAAGCAGGCUAGCAAGGAACUGGUACAAGUCUCCAAGAGAAUUUGCAGAGGAUGUGAGACUUACUUUCAGUAAUGCAAUGACAUAUAAUCCAAAAGGUCAAGAUGUUCACAUUAUGGCAGAGGAGGUAUCAAAUGUUUUUGAAGAAAAGUACGCAGAUAUAGAGGCUGAGAGUAAUAAUCUUCACUGGAGGUACCAGCUGGUUCAAGAUAAUACGGUAUUGCCUACCCCUCCAACCUCAAGAAAGGUGCAACCACCCCCGCCACCAUAUUCUAUUCCACCGAGAGCAUUCGAUAGAUCAGAAUCCAUGCCGUUUCUGAAACGGAGUGCAUCAAUUGGAAGAACUCCUGCUCCAAAAAGGCCGAAAGCAAAAGACCCCAAUAAGAGAGAUAUGACAUACGAAGAGAAGCAAAAGCUCAGCACAAAGCUUCAGGCUUUACCUACAGAAAGAUUGGACAGCGUAGUGCAGAUCAUUAAGAAAAGAAAUGCUGACUUAAGUCAACAUGACAAUGAGAUUGAGGUCGAUAUUGACACUGUUGAUGCAGAGACACUCUGGGAACUCGAUAGAUUUGUGACCAAUUAUAAGAAAUCGUUGAGUAAAUAUAAAAGAAGAGCUGAACUUGCUCUAAAAGCCAAAGCAGUGGGUUUAAAUGCUGCGCAGACUAGGGCCUCCCCACGUGCUGUUGUGGACAAUGUCAAUGAAACAAAUACAGUUGCUAGUGGAGUUGACGGUCUUCCAUCCCAAAGAGAUGAGCAAGGAGAUAAUGGCAGUAGGUCAAGUAGUUCAAGCAGUUCUAGCAGUGACUCUGGUUCUUCAAGUGAUUCAGACAGUGAUACUUCUUCUAGCUACAGUUCAAAUGAAGGGAAUUCACCUAAACAUUGAUGGAUUACGUGAUCAGACUAUAAGGUCUGUAAUGCGUAAAUGGUGUUUGCAUUUGGGGGGAGAUAGCUGUUAUAUUGUUGAGAAACAGAAAGGCAUCAAAAAGAUUAAAUUGAGAUGAAGCCCUGAUUACUGUACUUUUAGUAUUAUUGAGAUUUAUUUGGCUGAGUGAGAGAUCAAUUAAAGUGAUACUCCCAUUAAAUUGUUUUAUUUAUUUAUUGAUUGGGGCAGCUCAUGAAUAGAACACCUUAUCCUGCUUGAAGGAAGGUGGUGGGUUAUGUACGAGACCAGGGCAUGGCGAAGCGGUUGGUUGGAUGGAUGGUUGGUUCCAUCGAUCAUGUUUUGAAUUUCACUUUUAUAAUGGUGUUGUUGGUGGUGCAGUGUUUUUGAAAAUUUUAUGCCAUUGCGCACUGUUUGUAUUGCAACUUCAAACUAGGGUUUAGUUGAUAGAACAGUUGUUAGGGCUUACUCUAGAGUUAUGUGUAAAUAUUUAAAGAUUUAGCAGUUAGUUAGUUGCCUUUGUUUU